AUGGCUAUUAUAAAUGAAGAAAGAGGUGUUAUUUAUGUUGGUCAUAUUCCACUUGGCAUAUUUGAACCUCAGCUAAGGAAAUAUUUCUCUCAAUUUGGGCCAAUAACACGUUUAAAGCUAUGCCGUUCUAAAAGAGAUGGUCAUUCAAAGGGAUAUGCUUUCAUAGAGUUUGAUUGUAAGGAUAUUGCAGCAAUAGCUGCUGAAACCAUGAAUAAUUACAUACUAUUUAAACGUACCCUUAAAUGUCAUGUUGUUGAACCUUCUAAAGUUCAUCCAAAACUUUUUUCUAGGACUCAAAAGACUUUUAAAUAUUUACCAAGAUAUAAGAUGAUGAUUAACAGACGAAAUACCUGUACAAACUACUUGUCACUUGUUAGCCGUCGUCAAAAAAAGAUAAAUACACUAAUGAAUAAACUGAAGGAGCUUAAUAUACCAUAUGAAGUUGAAUUAGUUAACUGA